CACGCCAGUGUGCUUGCUCGCACUUUACUGAAAAGUACAAUUCACUUCGUCAUGUGAUAGAGGGCGAGUUCAACUUGUCGAGCCUGGAGGACGACAGAGACAUGGAAGCAGCCACAUUGUUGCUCGGCAGGAUGCUGGAAGCUGACCAUGACAAAAGAAUUACACCGUCUGAAAUCCUCCAGCAUCCAUUUAUCCGUGAUGAACUUGAGAAUCCUUCAGUGAGACAACUUUACAUCCCCACAGAGGACCAGGAGGAUGAACGUGACAUAUUCAACAAGCCACUGACCCGUGAGGAGAUCAGUGCAGUUCUCCCGGAAGGCUUCAAAGUCAUCAAAAUGCUGGGGAGUGGCAGGUUUGGUCAGGUGUUCAAUUGCAGACGAGUGGACACCGGGAAGAGUGUGACAAUCAAGCUGCCAUAUUCACACAACAAGACUCAGCGUGAGAUCCAACUGCUGGAAACAAUUGCAGAACAGAAGGCGGAUCAUAAAAAUAUAGUGACAUUUAUUGAAACGUUGCCAACCGGCCGUGGGGAGGCUCUAGUUUUGGAGGAGCUAAGUAUGAACUUAGCUUCGUACAUUAAACAACGCUCCCCACUGCCCAUGAGUGACAUCCGGGCCGUUAUCCAGCAGACGGCCACGGCUCUACAGACCCUGGAGUCCAAGGGGAUAAUCCAUACGGGUGUUACAAUGGAAAACAUCUGGCUGUGUCACCGUAGCAACGAGCCAAUUAAGAUCAAAUUGGCCGAUUUUGGAGCUUUUAUCGAGCAAAAGAGGACGAUACCGGGCAUGACGGCGCAACGUGUCCACUACAGAGCUCCAGAAAUCAUCCUUGGACUCCCGUUCGAUGAGGCCAUAGACGUCUGGUCUCUGGGCACCAUGUCGGUCACUUUGCUCACUGGGUGUGAUUUGUUUCCCGACCGAACAGAAUUUGAGACUCUGACGACUAUAGUCAAAAUAUUCGGUCAACCUCCUGACUACGUCCUCAGUGAAGCGAUCAACACCCAUGAGUAUUUCAAUGCUGAUGGGGCCAGCUGGAAGAUAAAGACCGCACAGGAGUUUGAAGAGUCUUCUCAGCUGCCUCAGAAUACGAUCAAGACCCACGAAACAGACGCCUUUGACUCUUUGGAUGAAGUAAUUCAGUCCAGUGUUGCACACAGUUAUGACAGCGCUGAGCUAGCUGCGUGCAUUGACCUGGUGAAGGCGAUGCUCACUCUGGACGGGACUCAGAGGAUCACUCCUGCUCAGAUCCUGGAGCAUGACUUUAUCAGUAUGAGCAGAGAGGUGGAAGCGCCAGUGUCUGAGGAGCAGGUCGACGCCGUCCAGAAGCCCCUGAAGUCACCCGUUUUCAUCACGGUCAAACCAGCCUCACCUGAAAACACCACAGCCUUUGUAGAAGAUCCUCCAGUGAGCAAGAGUUUUACACCAGUUAAGGGUCUUAAAAUGAGCGAGUCAACCAGAAGUCUAACACGGUUGUUGGCGGAGGCGCAGAGGUGGCGGAGGCGGCGGAGGCGGUGUUGGCGGAGGCGUGGUGGAGGGAGCGGCGGAGGUGGCAGCGGUGGCAGCAGUGGCAGCGGCGGCAGCGGCGCGGAGGCGGCGGUUGGUGGCGGAGCGGCAGCAGCAGCAGUGUGGACUAUGCCCUCUGAACCAGUCUUAAGGGAAAAACCUAAAACAAUAGCGCAGUUUCUGGAGCAGGACAAGCUCCAGAGUGGCAGGAUGCAAAGUAAGAUGGAGGCAAGACUGGACACUGAGGAGAAGACCAAAAGGUAUGAACCAAUGACUUGA